GAAACAUCUGGCGAACCUGUCCACGUGGGAAGGAGACAAAUAAGUCGGUGGGUCGUCGAGGAAGUGUAAGAAAUGACAUCCCUUGCCCACCAGCUGAAGCGUCUUGCGCUUCCUCAGAAUGACCCAAGUCUCUUGUCUCGAAGUGAAGCAGCGUCACUGCUGUUUGAUUGCAAGGAAGCAGCCAAUAUUGACAGGGAGACCUUUUUCGCAAUUGGGUGUACUGGCCUAGAAGAGCUGAUUGGGAUUGAUCCAUCCUUUGAGAAGUUUGAGACAACACUUUUCAGUCAAAUGUCCAAAGGCUUGGAGCGCAGUGUCCAAACGAAAGCAGUAAACCAGCAGCUGGAUGAAAGUAUUUCAUUGUUCCUGAUUCACUUGUCUCCUUACUUCAUGCUUAAACCAGCCCAGAAGUGUCUUGAGUGGCUGAUUCACAGGUUUCAUAUUCAUCUUUACAACCAGGACAGUUUGGUUGGCUGUGUGUUGCCCUAUCAUGAGACUAAGAUGUUUGUGCGUGUUAUCCAGCUUCUAAAAAUAAGUGACCCUACUCAGAAGUGGCAUUGGCUGCAUCCAAUUCAGAAACCAGGUGUCCCUCUUGCAAGAGGAACUUUAAUUACACACUGCCACAAAGACCUGGGUUUCAUGGAUUUCAUAUGCAGUCUAGUGACAAAAACUGUAAAGGCCUUUUUACUAUAUCCGGGGAGCUUAUCACAGAUGAGAGUCCUGUUUACUUUUUAUGCCUCUACAAUUGUGUCUGCUCUUGGGGCUGCAGCAAAUAUAACAGACACAAUAGUCUCCAAAUUGCUUCCUUAUAUCCAAAAGGGUUUGAAAUCGUCACUGGUGGAUUACAGAGCAGCAACCUACAUGAUCAUCAGCCAGCUGGCUGUGAAGAUGACUAUGGAGAAGUCUUUGGUUCACUCCUUGGCAUUACAAAUCAGCAAGACAAUAAGCAAAACACCCUCUCUUCUCAAAGAGGGGCUCGGCUGCCUAAUCAUUCUACUACAGAAUCAGAAUGUAGGAGGUCUUGGGAAAAAGCCAUUUACUCACUUAUGUAAUAGACCCAACUUGAUUCCCACUCUUUGUGAAAUUUCAACAACUCAUGAAGUCAGUCCAGUUUUGCAUUACAUGUUGCCACACCUAGUUCAAUCAGUUAUUUAUGGAAAGACAGUGAUAGAAGAAUCUGACAUGGUUGACACUCAACUCCCUGUAAAACUUCUAGAAACUGUAAUUGCAAACAUACCAUUAGAAAAUGAUACGGAUCGUUUACUGGCCUGUAAAUUUCUGGAGUACUACAUCUCCUAUGGGGCAGAUUGUGACUCUGAUCCUGGCAAAAUGGCUGUGCUUAAUAAAGAGCUGCUUCCUCUAAUUAGGCUGUUUGAAAGAAAGUACCCCAGAACACUAGAUUUGGUACUGGAGGAAUAUCUAAAAGAUUUUAGAAACCAGGAGGAGCAAGAUCUCUUCCACCAAUUUAUCUCCCUUUCAGUGAGUGGUGGUAAAUACCAGUUUUUAGAAGAUUCCGAUACAUCUCUGCUGCUUAGCUUGAACCACCCACAGCCAGCAGUCAGAGUUCUGGCUGUUCGGCACUUGAAAGAAAUCAUUGAAGCGUCAAAGGAGGGCUUUGAUGAUUCUUUCAUAGAAGAAGCAAUUGUAGCACGACUUAAGGAUGAUAAUCUAGAAGUGAUUGUGUCAUCUCUUGGUACACUGGAGAUUCUGUUGCACAGUUCAAAGUCUUUCGGUGAACAAAUCGGCUUCAUUCUGUUGGGUCUCUUUGAAAGAGCUGACUUCUCAAAGGAUGAAAAAUGGUGCGAGAUCCUGAAGACUACGAUUCAGCUUUUAAUCAAAGAAGAGAUCCUUAAAGAGAAUCAAGAUCUUUUAAAUCAAUUAGUUUUGCAAUUGCUUCCAUUUAUAAUAAUAACCAGCAAUAAUUCAAAAUCCCCUGAAUGGAAAAUGGCCCUUUGCAUAGCAGAGUCUGGUCUUUGCUCACUACAUCCUUUGUUGAAAGGCUGGCCAGAAGCUUUCCAAAAAGUGACAGCUAAGUCAGAAGACUUGAUAGGCACAUCUAAUGCAAAACUGAUUGGCCUCUUGUCAGAGAACCUCCUUUCAGAGGAUCCUUCCUUCAUGUUACAAACGGUGGACGGUCUCAUCAGUACUGCUGAGAAAGACUCUCAUACCGUGAAACACAAGGUAACAGCCCACGUGAUCAGCUCUGCCCUUGUCCAGGCCUGCUGCCUGAGCUCACAAGCGGAGGAGUGCAAUUUACCCCUGGCUUUGAAGGCCUUCCAGCUCCUGAGCAGAAGAAUGCAAAAAUUUGAAGACUGCUCUCCCACAGAGGAUUUUCUCUGCAUUGAGUUCACGUCUGGCAAUGAACCGUACCUGGAGAUUUUAACAGCAUAUAUACAAAAGCUAAAUGCUCGGGAGGCCAGCAGUUUAGAAGAUUCUGCCUUGCUCAUUGCUUUGUUGAGAAGCUUUAUCAAAGGCCUUUUGCCUCCAGCGUCCUUUGCGAAAGACGAGGUGUGGUGGAAUUCUGAAACCUUCAGUGAAAAGAGCAACGGCUAUCUCCAGCUGCUGUUGCAGCUCUUUGACAUUCUGGUCCGUGGCGCCAGUGAGGGAAACUAUGCUGACCAUUUUCGGGCAAUGAUGCACCUUCUCUUUGAGGUACAUUUGAAAGAGCCAGAGAAUCAAUUCAAAUUUCUCUCCCUCUUGUGGACUUACAACUACAACAUCUCCAAUCAGCUGAACUUUGCAAUGGAUGCCGUCCUCCAGACGCGAGCUUUGUAUAUCGGCUGUGCAAUGCUCGCAUCCCAAGCUAUGCAGAAGAAAAGGCGACUAGCGUCGGCAGCUUCUCCAGUGAUCGUAUCUUUGCUGGUCAACUUGGGAAGUCCUGUGAGCGAAGUCCGAAGAGCUGCUCUGAACUGCCUCGAUUCCCUAAGCGGAAUAAAAGAAUCCGCCUUUCAUCCUAUUCUACAUAAUGUAGUGCAGAAAGCCGAGGAGAUCAUGUCCGACCAAACCUACGUGAUCCAGAGUCUUGGUCUUUUGUUUGCGGAGCUGCAUACCCAACAUAAGCAAAAGGCACAGCAGCAGAAGUUGUCAGAAGCCCUGGGAGCGUUGCUCGACUGCGUAGAAGCCACCAAGUGUCCAUCGUACAUUGCAAGAAACGUGAUGAUAAUCCUUCGCGAAGUCAAUGGCGAGAUGGUGCUCUCUCAUCUGCUGCCCACCCUAGAUCGAUUAUUGGAGAAAGCUCUAAAAAGACCAGAGGAGAUGUUGAAAGAUGAAGCUCUUCUUUUGCAUCUCAUUCUCGAGAAGUUCAACGAGCACUCGGCAGCGCUCCUUUGCACAGAUCAACCGUGCCUAGAUGUCUUCAUCAAAGCUUUGCACGCCUCGCGAGAAGUCUACAAAGGACUUUGUACUUUCCAGAUUCGAACUCUUGGACAGAUUACGAAGCCGUUCUUUGCUGCACUGUCAGAUGGGAAGGUUCAGCAAAAGAUCUUGGGAGUUCUGUUUGACUUACUGCUCAAUUGCAAAAAUCCAAAUUGUGCACAGACGAUCAACAGUGUGUUUAAAGGGAUUUCGGUCGAUGCUGAGCAGGUUAGUGUGGAACUGGAACCUCUACCGAAAGCAAAGAACGUGGCUACUGUUCACCAAACGAGAAGGCAGAAGAUGCAACAACAGAGAAAAGCUCAGGAUCAAGAAUGUGCACAAGAAGAAACCAGUGUGAACUGGCAGAGAGUCACACUUAUCCUGGAAUUGCUACAACACAAGAAGAAGCUCAAACAGCCCCAGGCCCUGAUACCUACCCUUUUCAGCUUGCUGGCUAGAUGUCUGGAACCAUCGACAGAACACGACAAUCUGGAAUACAUAAAACAGCUAAUACUUGGUGGUCUGUUGAAUAUUUGUCAGAAACUGUCUCCAGAUGGCAGCAGGAUAAAAGCAGGUAUUCUUGAUGAAGAGAAGUUCAACGUGGAGCUGAUAGUUCAGUGCAUCCGGGUUUCUGAAAUGCCUCAGACGCACCACCAUGCCUUGCUCCUGCUGGGUGCCGCCGGCGGAAUGUUUCCUGCUAAAGUGCUGCACAAUAUCAUGCCCAUUUUUACGUUUAUGGGGGCGAAUGUGUUGCGUCUGGACAAUGCUUACAGUUUCCAAGUGAUUAAUAAGACCGUGAAGAUGGUCAUUCCGGCUCUUAUACAGGCCGAGGAGGAUAGUGGUUCUUCAGAAACUGCAGGAAACCUGGAAGGGGUGGUGAUAAAAAUAAUCCGUGUGUUUGUGGAUGCUUUGCCCCAUGUGCCUGAGCAUCGCCGCCUCCCGAUCCUAGAACAGCUGAUAAGCACUUUGGGCGGAGAGCGAUUUCUCUGGAUUCUCCUAGUGCUGUUGUUUGAACAGCACGUGACAAAAUCAGUGACAGCAGUAGCUAAUGGAGAGAAGGAUACUGUUUUGGAAAGUGACACAGAAUUCUGGAUUUCUGUAUGCUGUGAAUUUAGUGUAAUCCAACAGCUACAGAGUUUGAUGAAAGUGCUGGACUAUUUAACUAAACUGCCAGAGAACAAAGAAGAUGAUCCUGGACAAAAGAAAGAAAGACCACGCAAGAUAAAACCUCACUGUCAAGAACCGACGCUCUUUAAUGUGGACUCUCACUCUGGCAAACAGCUGAGGCAUUUCAAAUUCCUGUCAGUCUCCUUCAUGUCACAGCUUCUGGCUUCACACAGUUUCGUGAAAAAAGUAGUUGAAUGUGAAGAUGCUGAGCAGUUAAAGGAGUUUGAACAGAGAUUGUUGGAAGACAUUCUUUGUUACAUUAAUGUUGUGGCAAACUCAGUGGAAAAAAAUGCAGAUGCACCGACUGCGAAGUUCUGGAGGGCACUGCUCAAUAAGGCCUAUGAUGUACUGGAUAAAGUCAAUGCUUUAAUGCCAACAGAAACCUUUAUUCCUGUCAUCCGGGGCCUGAUGGCCAACCAGCUGCCUUCCGUGAGACGUAAAGCAAUGGAGCUCUUGAAUAAUAAGUUGCAGCAACGCACAAAAUGGCAGCAAACGCAGGUGCAGCUGCUGUUAGAAAUGGUUCCUGAUCUCAUUGCUGUGGUGCAGCGUAACCCACAAGAGGCCGAGGAGGAACAGGCGGUCAAUAGGCAGACAGCGUUGUUCAGCUUGAAGUUGCUCUGCAAGUGUUUUGGUGCAGAAAACCCUGAGCUGUUUGUGACUGUGCUGAAAACUGCCGUUGAUGUGAUUUCUGCGGAAGGGAGGGAAGAAAGAAAUGUUGCAGGAAGUGCUUUGCUGUGUGCAGCCGAGGUCACCUGUGUGCUGAAAGCGCUGGCGAUACCUCAGCUCCCAAGGCUUAUGCCAGCAUUGCUAAAUAUACUGAAACACAAAAAGGAGUUGGUUGCCAGUGAAAUUUACUUGCUUAGCACUGUGACGGCUCUAUUGAAAAUCGUAGAAACGCUGCCACGCUUCCUCAGUCCGUAUCUGCUAGAUGUCUUGCUGCAGGUGGUCCAUUUGGAAAGAAUUGCAGUUGAAAUGGGACCUUCAUCUCACGUUAAUCUACGUGUUACGUCUCUGAAAACUACUCUAGCAACGAAGCUUCCAUCAAGAGUUCUUCUGCCAGCAGUUGCAAGAUGUUACGGUGAAAUUGCAAAAACUUGUAAGAACCAUCUGGGUGCAGUUAUGGAUAUUCUGAAGGAGCAUAUUAUAAUUCUGGGAAAAGAUCAACUCACUGCCCAUCAGUCUGAGCUAACAACAUUUUUCAUGAAGGCCCUGGACUUCAGAGCUGAACACUCUCAGGAUGAUUUGGAGGAAGUUGGGAAAAUCGAGACUCAUAUUAUGAUGUGCCUAAUCAGCAUGGUCAUGAAGCUUUCUGAAAUGUCUUUCAGACCCCUCUUCUUCAAGCUCUUUGAUUGGGCCAAAACGGAGGGUGCCUCAAAGGAUAGGCUGGUGACGUUCUGCCGAUUGGCAGAUUGCAUUGCCAAACAGCUAAAAGGACUGUUCACCCUCUUUGCCGGUCAUUUAGUGAAGCCUUUUGCUGACAUUCUGAACCAGAUCAAUACUUCCCAAACGGAUGAAGCUUUCUUUGACUCUGAGAACAACACUGAAAAAAGCUGUGUGUUGCUACAGUCCAUCCUUGAUUGUUUACACAAAAUCUUCCUUUUUGAUUCCCAUCAUUUUGUGAGCAAAGAGAGGGCAGGGACAUUAAUGAUGCCUUUGGUCAAUCAGUUGGAAAACAUUCUUGGGGGAGAAGAGAGGUUCCAGGAAAGAGUAGGGAUGCACUUGAUCCCAUGUAUAGCUCAGUUUGCAGUUGCAAUGGCAGAUGACUCUCUGUGGAAGCCUCUGAACUAUCAGAUUUUGCUGAAGAUGCGGCAUGAAUCACCCAAGGUUCGAUUUGCUGCCUUGUUAGCUUUGAAAGAACUUGCUGAAAAAAUCAGAGAGAACUACAUGGUGCUACUACCGGAGUCUAUUCCCUUCUUAGCUGAGCUAAUGGAAGAUGAAUGUGAAGAAGUUGAACAUCAGUGCCAGAAGACAAUUCAACAGCUUGAAGUUAUUCUUGGAGAACCACUGCAGAGCUAUUUCUAACCUCCAAAGUCUUUUUAAAGUUUUAGGGCAUGACACUUUUGUCAGGACCAAGCAGGCACAACUGUAAUGCAGAGAGCCACAUGACCUUUUUGCUAGCAGGCAAACUUCUAAAUUAUUUGAACAACUGUGAACAUUUUUAAUGUUGAAUAAGAACUUUAAUUUGUAAA